CCGAGAAGCGCUCAGCUCCACAGCCGAAGACCACGUGUUCAGGUUCUGAACUGUCCACGUCUGUUUUAUUAACAGAAAAGAAUUUAAGGAUUUUUAGCUUUAUAUACGGAGAGAAAUGGAUUUGCAAGCUGUUAUUCUGGCUGGGGGUAAGGGAUCAAGGAUGACUGAGUUGACAAGGAAUCGCUCAAAGGCUUUGUUGCCCGUCGGUAACUUCCCCCUGAUCUAUUUCCCCAUGAAGAUGCUUCAAAAUGCAGGUUUUGACGAAGUGAUCGUGAUCUGUCAAGAAUCCUUAAAAGGGCCCUUGGAGUCCCUCUUGAAGAAGUUCAGCUUGAGAUUGAAUUUGGACGUCAUCACAAUACCAGACGAUGAUGAAAUGGGCACUGCAGAUGCUCUCCGACUUGCUGGAGACAGGAUCAAAGAAGACCUGUUGGUGGUGAGCUGUGAUGUCAUUACUGAUUUUGAAAUUCAGAGAUUAUGGGAACUUCAUAAGUUGAAUGAGUCAUCUCUGACAGCCCUCCUCUCCCCAUUCCCAUACCCUACACGAAAAGUGCUUGUGCCUGGUCAUAAGUCAAAACAGAUUCUUGAACGAGAUCUUGUGGCCAUUGAUCCUGGCACAAAUCAGCUCAUUAUGCUUGCAUCAGAAGCUGACUUUGAAGAGUCAUUUUCAUUGAAGAUGUCUAUACUGGAAGGUCAUCCACAUGUGAGAGUCUUCUCUAAUCUCACAGAUGCCCAUGUUUACAUUCUCAAGAAAUGGCUGAUCCCAUUCCUCUCUGAUCACAGCAACAUGUCUAUGCUGAAAGGGGAAGUUAUUCCUUAUAUAGUGAAGAAACAAUUUUCUUCAUUCACAAAACAGAAUCCAAAAGCUAAAGCCAAAGAUAUUGGUGAAUGCAUUGAAGAAGAUGAGGAAUCCAAACUAGUAAUGGAUAGGAGUGCAUGGUCAGAUCCCUGUCAAGGCAGGAAGCUGAGGGCCUUUGCACGGAUCAGGGGUGCAGAUGAAGGUUUCUGCUUCAGGGUCAACACCUUGACAGCCUUCACUCAUGUCAAUUCUCAGUUGUUUGACCUCUUGCCCAAAGUUUUGAGUGCAGAUGAAUUGUCAUUACUCAAGACAAAUCAGAGCAGGUCUUCUCCCAGGUGUGUCAUUGGGGAUGGAACAAAUCUGGGAGAGAGGUGUGAUGUGAAGGGCAGCAUUGUUGGUGACCAUUGCCAAAUUGGUGCAAAAGUGACAAUUUCCAAUUGCAUCAUCAUGGAUCAUGUCAUCAUCAAUGAAGGAUGUGUCUUGGUGGGAUCCAUCAUCUGUGAUAAAGCCUGCAUUGAGGAGAAUGCUGAAGUACGGGAUUCCAUUGUUGGAAGCAGGCAGACAAUCAGUGCUAAAGCCAAGGUGAAUCGUGAGGUGAUCUCUGUGGCUGACUCCCUUUUGGAAAUAUGAGAUAGAGAGUGCACUUUAUGGAAUGGAAUUAAUUUCUAUGCAUCAAGGCUUUCUCUAUUGGAAUGGAAUUCUUUAUUCAUGCAAGGAAUGAGCGACAAAUGGCAGUAAAGCAGGCACCUUGGUAACAUGCAACAGGCAGUAAGCAUGCAACGUGACACGUAUUUCCCCAUCUCACACAUUCACAUGCAUACAGUACAUCACAGUAACACUUCACACUAAAUAUAAAUAAUUUCCCAG